GCUGGGCCGGUCGGAUUUGUGGUGCUUUUUGUAGUGUUACCGACUUGUAGUGCCUUUCUGACAACAGCUAGUAAUAACGAUAUUGGAAAACGUCGCGGCGUGAUCGGGAAUUUAAGAGUUAAAUUUUGGCAAGUAAAUAAAUAUACGAGCAUGGAAUGGAAGUAGCCCGAUAAAGGUUAUAUUUAUGCUGAACAUGUAUUAAAAGUCGUGAAAGAAGUGAAUCCAAUUAUAAUUAAAUAUCACCAAACUUCAUUAGGACGUUCGCCAACAUAUUGCUUGUGAUUCAUAUCUAUUUGGCGUAUUGGACAGGCGGAAGCGCGUAAAACUCGGUAGUGAAUUUGCCAGCGCCAAGUGACUGAAAAGUAGAAAAUUUCAAUCAACAGAGGUUCGUGGUGCACUCAGAGAAGAAAGACAACACACAAAAAUGUGCUAAUAACAGAGCUUUCAAGAUUAAGUAAUAGUGCACAAAAAUACGACCAAUAUUCCAUCUCCGCCAGCAGCGUCACGAAACGACGGUUGAAAAGAGUCGAACUUGAACAUCAUCUUCAGGAGCAAAUCGUCGACAUCCAGCUCGCGGGAGAAGUAAUGCGCGUGAAGAAAUGUACACAAUGUUGAAGUUGCUAAUAUUGUCACUGCUCUACAUCGGGACGCGGUCAAGCUAUGCACUGCCACCGUCCACGUUCGGGGACGCGUUAGCCAGCGCCGGUGAGCUGUCCAACAAGCUGAAGGAAACAGCCGCAUGGAAAAGAUUUGCCGGUAUCGCACGCGAGUCGGAUUCCAUCAACUCACUGGUACGAAUCAUACCUCAGACCACGAUGGGCUUCGUACGGGAAGUAGUCAAUUCAUUCCGACAAAAAGAAGCUCGCGCUACAGUGCUAACCCGAGCCGGUGCCGUCCAAGGUCGUAUUCAGAAGGUAAAAGGAGGAGUAAAAGGCGAGUUCUACUCUUUCAAAGGAAUGCGUUACGGACAACCACCGGUUGGGAAACUUCGGUUUCGGGCUCCUCUACCGGAAAUUCCCUGGAAAGGAGUCCGUGGUGCGCUUAGAGAAGGAUCUGUCUGUCCUCACAGGAGUAUGAUUCUAGACAAUUUCAAGGGCAACGAAGAUUGUUUGUUCAUCAAUGUGUAUACUCCUGAUUUGCCUAUCAACGACUACAACCCCAGCUUUCCUGUGAUGGUUUGGAUCCAUGGAGGAGCCUUCUCAUUCGGUUCCGGAAAUUCGUUCCUUUACGGUGCGGACUAUCUUGUUCCAGAAGGUGUCGUUCUAGUAACUUUCAACUACCGUUUGGGUCCACUGGGAUUUUUGAGUGUCGGAAAAGAUGCUCCCGGAAACGCAGGUUUGAAAGACCAAAUCUUAGCUCUUAAAUGGGUCCAGGAGAAUAUAGCUGCAUUCGGUGGAGAUCCUAAAAUGGUCACGAUUUUUGGCCAGUCUGCUGGAUCGGUUUCUGUACAUAUGCUUAUGAUGUCACCGCUUGCGAAGGGUCUGUUCCACCGAGCGAUCGCACAAAGUGGUACCGCGUUGAAUCCGUGGGCAAUUGCUAGAUCACCAAAAGAGCGGGCCUUCCGAUUGGGAGAGCAGCUUGGAUGCUUUACAAACAAUACAGAUGAACUGUUGAGUUAUCUGCGUAAAGCUUCACCUCAAAAGAUUGUGAACGCAGCACCAAAGACGAUAACCCCAGAAGAUAUCAAACGAAGCGUCGGACUCCCGUUUGUGCCAUCUAUCGAAAACUGGAUCGGUGAAGAUGCAUCCAACGAGGCACCAGUGAUUACCCAAGAACCAAUACAGAUAAUGAAGAGCGGAGUGUAUAAUCACGUUCCAUUGAUUACAGGGUUUAACUCUCAUGAAGCGAUGCUAUUUUUAAGAAGGGUACGAAAGGAUCCUAAUUUGAUAAAAAACAUAGAUGAAGAUUUCCAAAGACUGAUACCAGUUGAUCUGAUGGUUGAUCGCGACUCCGAGGAGGGGACUUCAGUAGCGCAAGAUAUGCGUAACUUCUAUUUGAAUGGUGCACAUAUUAGCAAUGCAUCUAUUCAGAACAUGAUGAACUUAAUGACUGAUGCCAUGUUUUUGCAUGGUAUAACCAAUUUCGCUCGGUUACACGCCACCCAUGACGGUCAGGAUACGACCUGGUUGUACAGGUUUGGAUACGAUGGGGCGUUGGGUAUCUACAAGCGAAUACUGGGCAUCGAUUGGCCCGGUGCGUGUCAUGGUGAUGAGCUGGGUUAUCUAUUCCACUUUGGGGUGCUGAACAUUCGCCUAGACAACUCAUCGGCCGAGCUACAGACGUUGAGUAAGAUGACUCGAAUGUGGACUAACUUCGCGAAGUAUGGCAAUCCAACACCUUUUGGCCCGGACGAUCCGCUGAUGAGAACGCGCUGGCCAUGCGUCAUACCGCACACCAUGACAGAACUGCCAUACUUGGAUAUCACUACCACCCUAACGCCACGGAACAACCCAGAGCAGGAACGACUUCGCUUCUGGGAUGAAACCUUCACAAAGUACAACGGUGACAUAUUUUGACUUAAUGUUUAGUACUAUUUUUACAUACUCGUGCUGUAUGAACAUAGUAGUAUAUUUUUGACGAUCGGUUACCAAAUUUAAAUACGAAUAUAAUCGAUUAAUUUCGCAAGAGAAUAGUUGUAGGUUUGGUGGCAAUCGGUGGCCAUUUUAAUAAGCGUACAAUAUUCCCAGGAAGCACAUCUAACUUCGUUGUUCG